GUUUUCUUCUCGAGUUUUAAAGCCAUGUCAGCCAACGUCCGCUUGAUUGCCCGGUAGGUAUAUAACAAGAGACAUGGCGUUCCCUCAUCGCUUGUUUACUUACUUUCUUCCUAUCAUCCACUAACGAUUCCUCUCCUCACCUCCCAACGCACAACAAGCCCAAGACCACAAUGGCAGCCAACCAGGCGGCAUAUCUCCACAAAUCUGGCAGCCCCCUCGAGGUCAGCGACGCGCCAAUGCCCAAGGCCGGCCCCAACGAGAUCAUCGUCAAGAACGCCGCCAUCGCCAUCAACCCCCUCGACACCCACAUGGCGAGCGCCGGCGUCUUCGUGCAGGUGUGGCCCGCGAUCCUGGGGUGCGACGUGGCCGGCGUGGUCCACGAGGUCGGAUCCGAGGUCGCGCAGGAAGGCCGCUUCAAGGUCGGCGACCGCGUCAUCGGACACACCAUCAACCUGACCACCGGCAAGCCCCAGGACGCCGCCUACGCCCUGUACUCGGCCGUGCCCGCGAACAAGGCCGCCAUCCUACCCGGCGCGAUCCCCUUCACAGAAGGUGCCGUGAUACCCUUCGUGCUCGAAGCCGCCGUGUGCGCCCUAUGCGUCACCAAGCCUGGCAUAGCGCUUCCCGGCGUGCCGACGCCCGCCGUCGGGCUGCCCUACCCAUCCCUCGCCGACCCGGCAGCACCCCUCGACAAAACUCUCAUCGUCUACGGCGGCGCGUCGUCGGCCGGCUCCAUGGCGACGCAGCUGGCUUCCGCGGCCGGCAUCACCGUGGUCUCCGUCGCGGGCGCGCACAACGCCGCGUUUAGCAAGACGUGCGGCGCGACGGCCGUGCUCGACCGCGCGGACCCGAACCUCGCCGACAAGCUUGUCGCCGCUGUUAAUGAGGCCGGAAACGAGUUCGUUGGCAUCUUCGACGCCGUCUGCUCGCCCGAGACGUACGCCCACGACCUCGCCGUGCUGGCGCGCUUGGGAGGUGGCCACCUCGCGUGCGUCCACCCGCCGCCGUCUGAGGGGAUCCCAGAGAAUGUUCAGGCGGGAAUGAUUUUUGCUGUGAACGACGCGGCGACACCUGUUUGGAGGGACUGGGUUACCCCUGCGCUGCGCUCCGGCAGGCUCAGGCCGUUCCCGCCGCCGCUGGUUGUGGGCAAGGGGUUGGAGUAUAUCCAGACGGCGCUGGAGAAGUGUGUGGCCGGUGUGAGUGCUGCUAAGUUGGUUGUUGAGUUGUAG